UCCACCAUCACUUCUUGCGGAAUUCCCCCAAACGAGGCGAGAAAGGAGUUGUGACGCGGCAGAAAAAGUAUAUCUAGGCUCACAGUGCGGUGUGUGCUGAGUUCUCAAGGCAUUGGUACAGGGAGGCAUUAGAGUGACAUUUUCAACUCCGUUCUUCUGUCGAUUCUGGCACCAUGACACUCGCUCUUCUCCUCUUGCCGCUUCUGGCGUCCAUUCCUUCAUCAAUCGCAAAGGUUGUGACCUACAAUUGGGACAUUUCUUGGGUCCAUGCCGCUCCAGAUGGGUUCGACCGCCCAGUAAUUGGCAUCAACGGAAAAUGGCCAUUGCCAAAGGUUGAGGCGAACGUUGGAGACACAAUCGUUGUACACGCGACAAACAGCCUCGGAAAUGAGACAACGGGAAUCCAUUGGCAUGGCCAAUUCCAGACUGGCUCAGUCAACAUGGAUGGGCCUGUUGGAGUAACGCAAUGUGGAAUUCCCCCUGGAAGCUCCUUCACAUAUUCUUUCCAGGCGAACCCCGCGGGGUCAUACUGGUAUCAUUCUCAUGCCUCAGGACAGUACCCCGAUGGUCUCCGUGGGCCUAUGAUCAUUCACGACAAAGCGUGGGAAGCUACCUUGAAGAUUGAAGACCAAUACGUGAUGACAGUGUCUGAUUGGUAUCAUGACCAAAUGCCAGGAAUGGUGCACUACUACCUGAGCGCACAAAACACAAUUGACCAUGGCGGUGCCGAGCCUAUUCCGAAUGCAACUCUUAUCAACGAUAAGCAGACUGAAACAUUCAAGAUCAAGCCAGGCAAGAAAUACUUGAUCCGUAUCAUUAGCAUGACCGCUCUUGCUGCACAUUACGUACAAUUCGACGGACACAAAAUGGAGGUUGUUGCCAUUGACGGCGUCCCAGUCAAAUCAACACCAACUGAUGUUAUCCUGGUUUCCUCCGCCCAGCGCUACGAUGUGAUCAUCACGGGUCUUCGAAAUCCUAAGAAGAACUAUGCGUUCGUAUCGCAGUUUGACCCAGACAUGUUCGAUUUCGUGCCAGAGGGACUAGUCAUGGCCAAUGAUGGCAUCUUAGAGUACGAUCCCGCAUUUGGCAAGCCUACUCCCCUCCGCAAGGACAGCUUCCCCGGUUUCUUGGAUGAUUUCACUCUCGUUCCUCUGGACGGCCAGCCACUGCUGGGAAAUCCGACCCAGACUGUCACAAUGAAUGUCAACUUCACCGACUUCAGCGUUGGCGCCCGUGCUGGACUUGGAAAAACACCUUAUAUAGGGCAAAAAGUACCUACACUGUUCACUGCUCUCACGACUGGACAGAAUGCGAAGAACCCUAAGGUGUACGGCGAGACUACCAAUCCAUAUGUUCUAAACAAGGGAGACAUUGUUCAGAUCGUUUUGAACAAUCUCGAUGAUGGCGGCCAUCCAUUCCACUUACAUGGGCACAACUUUCAGGUACUUGCACGGACUACCACACAACCUUGGGAUGGCAACACAGCAACUUUUCCAAAAGUUCCAAUGAGACGCGAUACUGUUAAAGCCUACGCCUCAGGUGCGCUUGUCCUCCGGUUCAAGGCAGACAACCCUGGUGUAUUCCUUUUCCAUUGCCACAUUGAUUGGCAUGUCGAAUCAGGUCUCACCGUUACCUUCAUCGAGGCCCCAUGCGACCUCCAGAAACAAUUUCCCAACGGCAUCCCACAUCAACAAAAGGCUAUCUGCCAGAAACAGGGUAUUCCUACCGAGGGUAAUUGCGCUGGAAACACCCGUAACCCCUUGGAUACAUCCAAAUGCGUCCAGCCAGAGCAGUUCGACCCUAACCCGUAUGGUGCUCUCAUCAACCCGCCUAAAGGACGAAGGAUGCGGGACUUUGCACGGGAAGUUGCUGCUGCCCAGGCAAGUCCGUAGGCAUAUAUGGUGAUGGGAUACACAAUGUUUAUACUAUCUAAUGUUUUGUAACUAAUUUCUUAUAUAUCGCGC